AUGUCGUAUACUUCUAGCUGGCCUGUGUUCACAGAAUGCGAUCCAUGCACCAAGUUUUGGAAUAGGAAUGAAGGUGUUGUCGACCAGAAUAUUUUAAUGACUGAGAAGUUAAUGAAAACAGACCAGAAAAACAUCAUCAUAAAAGAACGAACAUAUAUCCUUACCAAUAAGGGCUAGUUUUACUAUUAAAAACAGAAUUCGUUGAGAUGGGUGCAAUUGAAUACGUAGAUGAGUGUUAAACUCAUAGAAUUAAAGCUACCUCAAAGAGAACACGAUGUAGUAAAGGUGAUUCGAAUAAAAAGAAAUCAGAGAGUCUACGCAUGUUUUUGGAAUUAAGAUUUGUAAUUGUUUAACUGAUUACAGUUAGAAGACAUUCUAAUAUUUUAAGAGAAUAGCUGGGUUUUGUGUGUGUUAGAAUUUCGAACAACUCUACACAUUCUAAGAUCUACUGGGAAAAGGGGGAUAUUCUAAAGUGUAUCAACUCUGUCCAGUGAAUAGACUACCUUAUUAAUAGUAAUAUUAUGCUGGGAAAGUAUAUAAUAAAGUUGAAGUAAAUUCGAAAAAGAACCUCAUUUAAAUAUCACAUUUGAUAAGAUAGGAAUGCGAAAUCCUCAAAAAGUUAAAUUCUCCAUUCAUUAUAAACUUAUUUGAAAUCAUUCAAUUGGAUGAACAACUAAGUAUGCAAUUUAUGAAUCUCUAAUAGUUCUGAUAACAGAACUACUAAGGAGCGGAUCCCUGUAUUAAUUGCUUAAGGAGAAAGUUCGAGUCCAGGAAGUCGAAGCCAACGGAAUCAUAUUGAGAAUCGCCUUAGGAUUGCAAUGUCUUCAUAGGUAAAUGGCAUGAUUAAUUUAGUUUAGGGUAUGUUCAUAGAGAUAUUAAACUUGAGAAUGUAUUGCUGGACAAGGAUUAGAUCAAAAUAAUUGAUUUUGGAUUUGCAGAACAAAUAAAUAGAGAAGUCCUCACUUCAGGAUAAGGAACUAUUGGUUACAUGGCUCCAGAGAUCUUCUAGGAUCAGCCAUACACUGAAGUAGGAGAUGUUUUCAGUUUGGGAGUAGUUUAUUACUUAUUACUGACUGGCAAAUCUCCAUUCAGAGGACACAAUCAGGAGAACAUUAUGAGAGCAAAUAAAUUAUGCGAAAUUGAUUUUAGCGAGUAUUGUUUCGUGAAUGUGAGUCAAAAAGUCAUUGCUCUAGUCAAAGCAAUGCUUUAAAAAAACCCUAAGAAUAGGAUCAACUUAAAUGAAGUCAUCCAAUCUUUGAGAGCUCUGAAUCCUAUCUUAGACUAUGCUUAUCGAACAAAUUCAGUUGAUGGCUCUCAGAUGACCAAAUAGGCUGGAAUCAGAUCUCUCUAUUUGUUAAGUCAGAACUCUUAGGAUUCUUUAAGAGGUUAGAAGACUUAGUAGAAUAGAUUGAAUGUUACAGACAAAUUCGUUGUGAAGACAAGCACGUUUCGACCUUCGCUUGUCAAUUUAGAUAGUAGUCAUAAUGAGAAUGAAGACUUAGAGGAUAACCAGCUCCCAGGAUUUGUUGUGGAAUACUUGUUUGUUUCUAUGAACAUUAUGAAUAACACUAAAUUUCCAUGA